CGCGUUGUGACCUCAGUGUGUAUGGACGUGUGCGGAGUGAUGCACGCAACGGAGUACUGUGAAUGAAAUUUUUGUGACAUACUUAUCAAGAUGCGCAGAAUACAGUGUGCAGUAGCAAGUUAUCCUAUAUUUGCUGUGAAGUAUUGCUGGCUUGCAGUUACACAUUGGUACACCAGGAAAGGCAGACAUCAGCAUAAGAAAUGGCUCAUUGCCAUGAAGACUAACAAGAAAGGUAGUCAUGCAGUUUCUACAUAUAGGACCUAUCAUACUACAUUUUGCUGCACAUUCCUGAGGGAUAUGCAUGUGUCUUUAGCUUCUGGGAUACUUAUUGCACAAGUUAGAAGGUUUUCUAUGUUUUCUUAUUGUCUGUGUUCUACAUAUGGGAUUUUAAUCACAUGGGUCCUUCUCAAGGUCAGUUUGCUGUUGUUUAUAGCAACAAAGGAGAUAUGUAUGAAUAGGAUGAUGAUACAUCAAAGCAAGAGUAAAGAUACAUCAAAUGCUAAUGUUUCAUGUUUUCAAAUAGUUGCAUCAUAAGUCAACAUUUCUAUUGUUCUCAUAAUUAUUUUCACCACACAUUUUCUAUUCUUAUGGGACAGUUGUCUUCUUUGAAGGAUUUUUAAUUGUUCAUAAUUUACACUUUCCUCUAUACCAUCAUCGUAAGGCAUCACAUAUAAGAAUAUGUUCCAGAUUUCAGAUUAACAUAAUGGUAUUUAAGCCCAUAUCGUACCCGAACAAAAAUUGGUAUAAAAAUAUUUUUAAGGUUUUCCCAAAUUCAUAACCACUAGUACUGUGAAUAUUAUAUAUAUAUAUAUAUAUAUAUAUAUAUAUAUAUAUAUCCACAC